CGUAUGAUGUCAUUGGUGAGACCUUUCCCCCAGUGCAGCCACCAUAGAGGGAACCUUUGUCUGUCUGUCUGUCUCAGAGAGAGGACAGCUGGUAGCGGGGAAGAUGUCUCGGGCUGCGGAAAGACUCCGGACGGUGAUCCAUCAUCUGGACGGAGCUACGGCUACGAUCAGAGCCUCCCCAACAUCCGCUCAGACCCUCACCUACAGCCCCCUUCAGAAACUGAGAUACUCAUUUGAUACAGGCAUACUGACCCCGGAGCAGCGGCUCUUCUACGAGGAAAACGGCUUCCUUCUCAUCAAGAACCUGGUGUCUGAGACGGACAUCGACAGGUUCAGGAAGGAGUUUGAACGGAUCUGUCGGCAGGAAGUCAAAGUUCCGGGCCUGAUCGUGAUGAGGGACGUGGCGAUCGCCAAGUCAGAGUUUGUUCCGGAUCAGAGAGCCGUGUCCAAACUCCAGGACUUCCAGGAAGACCCCGAGCUCUUCCGUUACUGUGCCUUACCUCAGAUCCUGAAGUAUGUGGAGUGUUUCACCGGGCCCAACAUCAUGGCCAUGCACACCAUGCUGAUCAACAAACCUCCUGAUGCAGGUAAGAAGACGUCUCGCCACCCGAUGCACCAGGAUCUGCACUACUUCCCCUUCCGGCCGACAGACCGCAUCGUCUGCGCCUGGACCGCCAUGGAGCGAGUGACCAGGCAGAACGGCUGCCUCGUGGUCCUGCCCGGAACGCACAAAGGCGCCCUGCAGGAGCACGACUACCCCGACUGGGAGGGCGGGGUGAACAAAAUGUACCACGGCGUGCGGGACUACGACCCCGACCACCCCAGGCUGCACGUGGAGAUGGAAAAGGGCGACACGGUGUUCUUCCAUCCCCUCCUCAUCCACGGCUCCGGCAUGAACCAGACGCAGGGCUUCCGCAAGGCCAUCUCCUGCCACUACGCCAGCGGCGAUUGCUACUACAUCGACGUGAGGGGAACCACGCAGGAAAACAUCGAGAACGAGGUGAAAGAGCUCGCGCAGAAGAAAUACGGAAUGAACGAAGUGGCCUUCAAGGAUACGUGGGCCUUCAGGGGUCGCCUGGUGCAGGGAGAGAGGACUUCACUCUGAGGACUCAUCGACUGCUGAAGGACAAGAGAAAAAAAAAUAAGAAAAAGGCUAAUCUCUAGACUAAGCUCCUUCACCAAAAUUGAAAGGAAAGGGAUAAUAUUCAAACAACAGAUUGUAAGCUAAGAUAGAUAAUCAUGAGUAAAUGAGGAGAAAUGUAAUGUAUGUAUGAGAGGGAACCAGUGAGGUUGAAAAGAAGGUACGAUGGAAACAAUGAAAUCAGCGUUGAAAUGACUGUAGCACUUUACGCCAGCAGAGGCCUUGAUCUUCCUUAGAGCAUUAUUGCUAACAUGCUAACUGUGAUUUUUUAAGGUUUUAAUGCUAUUUUAAGAGUGUGUGAGUAUUUUUUUUUAAAACCUCAUAAACAAUAAAAUAAUUUAUGGUGACUAAGAAAUUCAGCAAUGGCUGGAAUCACUUUUGUUUUCUUCAGAAUACGACUGCAACAACACAAAAGCCAACAUUUACAUCAUUCAAUCAGACACGCUAAACAUGCCAACGAUUUGUUGAACUAAAGUCGUCUCAUAAAGUAAGAAAAUGUGUGUUUGGCUGGAUUAGUUUGUUAUAAAAAUGUUUCUGGCCAAUAAAUCUGCUACAGUGGAAA